AUGGGCACGUUCUCGACCCCGCUGCAGAAUGGAUCGUCAAGACCUCCUAUCAGUGAAGAAACGCAGCAGUCGCCCACUCCCACAGCGGCGCCCUCGCCUCGCGCUCUGCGGCGCCUAGUACUCCGGCAACGUCUCCUCUCCCUCCUUUCCUCGCUGGGCCCUCUUCUCCCACCCUUGCUCAUCCUCCUCUCCCUCACUCUCUUCCUCUGCCUCCCAACGCCAACCCCACCCAUUGCCAAAAGGACCUACGUAGACGAGAAUGCCCUCCAGCCGGCGUCGGCCAACGUAUACUGGGAGUGGGACGAUGUAGGCUUGUGCGACGAGCUGGCAAGGGAGAUUAGGGAGGAGGUGCAGUGGAAGAGCGAGAUGGAUAGGGCCAAGUGGGUGCGAGGGAAGCUUAUAGGGUUCGGAUUGGAUCCACAUGAGCAGGAGUGGGCUUUUGCAUUGCCGGGAGGGAGAAGUAAGGAGGGAGCCAACGCUUAUGCUAGGUGGUGGAGCCCAAGAGGAGAUGGAAGGGAGGCCAUGGUCAUCUCUGCCAGCUGGGAAAGUCGAUGGGACGGCUCAGACGACCCAGACGCGUCAUCGGAUAGCAACGACAGUGGCUCUCCUCGGCCCGAAGGCCCUCGCAUCAACGUCCGCGGCGUUGCGACGGUGCUCGGUCUCGCCCGUCACCUCACAACGCACGCACGCUCACACUGGAGCAAAGACCUCAUUUUCCUCAUCUCCUCCGGCCACCUCGAAGGGGCUCACGCCUUCACUCAAGCAUACUACGGCUUGACCUCCCCCAAUCUCCGCCGUGACGAGGUGCAAGCAGCACAGGGAGCUAUGCUGUGGAAUGCGGUAGGCGUGGACUACCCGAGCGACUCGUUUGAGAGCCUAGCUGUGCUGCAUACGGGUAUCGAUGGGCAGGUGCCUAAUCUCGAUGUUGUGAAUACACUCGGGAGGGUGGCGGAUAUUAUGGGCAGGGUGCCCGUCCGCCUGCCCGGGACGGAUGUAGAUUUCAAAGAUGCGAUAGAUGGGGAGCAUGGAGGAGGAUGGGGCUGGCUCGGUAGACUUUUGGAAGACGAACUGCACUGGGGCUGGCGCGGCGUAGCCAAGUAUCGCAAGGCCGCGCUCAACAUCCUUUCCCAGCUCGGCGGGCUUGCAGCAUCCUUCCCAGAAGGACCGCACGCCCUUCUCUUGCGGCACCACGUAGAUGCAAUCACCCUGUACGCCACACCCGCCAGAGGGCCGUACGGCUUUUGGCACAUGGGGAGGAUACUGGUGUCGCAGGUCACGAGCUAUUCGAACCUCAUUGAAAGGUUGCACCACUCGCAAUUCUUCUAUCUGCUGGGGAUCGGACCUGAUUGGUUUGUCCAGCUGGGCAUCUAUCUGCCCGUGGCGCUCCUUGUGAGCGUGGCAUUGACGCUUGCUGGGAUCGGGAGGUGGUCGGCGGAAGGCAGGCGCGCCAGGCUCGAUGCACUCUCGAGACCCGUUGGAACGGCUCUGCUUGCCAUGGUUGCUUGUCACCUUGUGGGGUACGUCGCCCUCAUGGUCUUCACCUCGUCAGACGUCUACGCGGCAGGAGGCUCUCUCGGCGUCAUGCAGCGCCAGGCUGCCCAGUUCAACAGCAUCCUCGUGGGUGGCGCCUUUCUGGUCCUUGCAGCCACGACUCUGAUGGGCGGUAGCGACGCGCCCUCGCCUUGGCAGCGUCGCACCCGGAGGGUAGGCCACCUCGUCCAUGCAUUCACCCUGCUUCACGCGGGCGCCAUCAUUGCAGUGCUGAGCGUCCUCAACUGGAGCGCGGCGGUCGUUCUCGGUUUCCUCAUCAUGGGUCCCCUCUACCUCCUCCCGGUGAGCAAAGCAGACGGCGAUACAAGACAGUUGCGUCGUUGGGGUACCGCAGUCCUCGCCUUGGUAGCCAUCUUCGCACUCCUACCGUGGAAUCUUGCUCUCCUUCUCGACAUCAUCACCAAGCGGUAUGGCUCUUCGCUGUACUUCUCGCAACUCCUAUCGUGGCCGUUGCGCUUCGACGUUGAGUAUCUGCUGACAAAGGCGUGGUAUCAGCAUCACAUCCUCGCCACGUCGUGCUUGCCGCUUGUGGCGAUGGCAUACACGCCGCUCCUUAUUCAGGCGGGGCUAGCUCUGGUGCUGACGGCGGUCUAGCGAGAGAGUUGACAAUAGAUUGUAUUUGCUGUUGUGCG